CUGCUGUGGCCUUACGCGUCACGCCAACGGUGGCGCUAGCGCGCUAGCUUUUCCCUGGUGGGCUCCCAUUAGCGGGAGAUAGGGGGCGUCAUCAUGGUCGUGUUGUCGCGUUGAUGUUGGGAUUUUUCUCGUUGAAUGCGCCUUGUUUUGGAUAAUCUGACGAAGCCAGUGUGUAUGCGACAAAGCAGCUAGUGUUGGCCGGCUUCGAGGCCUUCUUUACGUGGCCAGGCUGUCGGCUGCUCACGAGUAUAGCUAUGACCGGGAGAAAAUUGCUAUGUUGCAAUGCGUAAAAGAAACUUCUUUUUAUUUGUUUCACUUGCAUUUUUAACAUGGGCUGGCGUAACGUACCUUCUGUUCCUUCAGCGACCAUUGACAGGGAAGGUUUUCCGCCCAGGGAAAGUUCAGGCUCAGUUGGAUUUAUUAGAACAGGAGCUCGCCGAACAAGGCCGUGCAAACGCAAAGCUCCUUGGCAGCUUGCGAGAGCUAAGAGAAAAGCUCGUGCAGGCACAGAAUGAGAGCCAUGGCCAUGUGGACAGUCCAGUCAUAGCUGUCCUCCUAUUUGCAUGCAACAGGGUCACAGUCAAGCGUCCCAUCGACCAGCUGCUGCAGUACCGACCUUCCAAGAAGCAGUUCCCCAUUAUAGUGAGCCAGGAUUGUCACCAUGCGCUGACUUCAAAAGCAAUUCAAGACUAUGGCGACCAACUCACUCUCAUUAAGCAACCUGACCAAAGCGACAUUCCAUUAGUGGGUAAGGAGAAAAAGUUCAAAGGCUACUACAAGAUAGCACGACACUAUGGCUGGGCACUGAACAAGACCUUCUUUGAAUUCAAUUAUGACACGGUGCUCAUUGUGGAAGAUGACCUGGAGCUGUCGGUAGACUUCUUUGAAUACUUCCUUGCAUUGCACCCAAUCUUGAAGAGUGACCCGACGCUCUUUUGUGUCUCCGCAUGGAAUGACAAUGGCAAAGCAGGACUUGUAGCGGAUGACCCAGAGUUGCUUCACCGGUCGGACUUUUUCCCUGGCCUUGGGUGGAUGAUGACCAAGGACAUGUGGGUCGAGAUGAGCCACAGGUGGCCCAAAGCGUUUUGGGAUGACUGGAUUCGACAACCUGAGCAGAGGAAGGACCGAGCCUGCAUUAGACCGGAAGUCUCACGUACCAAGACGUUUGGCAAAAUUGGAGUCAGCAAUGGGCUCUUUUAUGAAAAGCAUCUUAAGUUUAUUCAACUCAACAAAAAGUUUGUGCCUUUUACUAGCAAAGAUCUCAACUACCUGAAAAAGGAUAACUAUGAUGUAGCCUUUGUCAAGGAGGUGUACGGCUCUCCAUUGGUCACGGUGAGCCAGGUUCUCAAGGGAAGCUUGGAAACCAAAGGGCCACUGCGCAUCACAUACACUACCAAGGAGCAGUUCAAGAACAUUGCCAAGAAGCUCUCCAUCAUGGACGACUUCAAGUCGGGUGUACCAAGAACUGGUUACCGUGGGGUGGUGUCUCUUCUCUACAAGGGUCGUCGAGUGUAUUUGGCCCCUCCGGCAGACUGGAAAGGCUACAACAAGUCGUGGUCUUAACACCAAGUGCACAGCAGUUGCCAUGCCAAUCUCUGCGACAUUGCAUUGCAGUGCUGUUCUUCCUCCUCUCUGCAUUGUUGUCCUUCAAAGGGGCUGCCCCUUUCUAGUGAUAAGCCUUGCAAACUUUGCUGGACAUGCUUGACAGCCACUGUGCAAUUAUCCUCACUCGUUCAUGCUCGUUCAUUCCUCUCCUUCAACAACUGUGUUCAUCACUGAAGCAAGUAUACCCAACUGUGAUUUCUUGAUCGUGCAAAAAUGUGUGCAUAUAUAUAUAUAUAUAAUAUAUAUAAUGUAUGUACGUGUAAUGCGCACUAGUGAAAAUGAGUGCUAACUUGAAAAUGCAAGUGGUCACUACCUUUCCCGACUUGUCCAUUUGAGAUGUCAGUGUGUUUUGUAGGGCUUUCUACAGCUGUCGGGCUUUACAGGUGGCAGCUGUCGUGUGGGGUUUCGGUUUGAAAGUCCUCCACUGUACAUAGAUUGUGCAUUUGCCAGUGAAAUGAAGCAGUGAUUACGUGCAUUUUGCUUUUGGUGGCGGUUAUUGCACCUACGUAAUAGUUAUUACAGAAAACUGCUGCAGACCUCGGAGACCACCUUCUAGGAGGGCCAUUGCAGCCCGAAGCCAAGCUGAGGCAAAUGUGUCUGCCCCUCUCCUAUGGUCUGGUGGUGUGCCUUGUCUUCAAAUGUGAACAGCAUUGCUUUGUUCACUCCUGCCGACUUACUGUCCUAUCGUGUACAUACACAGCAUUAUAACGAACUGCUUUGAUGGGGCUUGCGUGAACUGCUGUGGUGACUGAUGAGCCCCGUACAGUUGUCAUACAGUUUCCCUCUGUAACAAGACAGGCAUCGUUUCGAGAUUGUAUCCUGGAAAUUGUGAAUGACAGUUUGUUAUAGCAGAAUGACGUUCUGCAGGUUCAGAGGUGUUCCUCCUGCAUUUCAUUUGCGAAGGGGGCACACCUUUUGUUUGCAUUGUUGCUUUGCAUUAUAGGGAACGCAUUUUAUGUAACUAGAUAAAAUGUGCCCUGCAUGAUGCAUUGUUGCCUGUAAAAUAUAUAUAAAAGUGAGACUGUUAGCAAAUAAAUAUUUAUAACUGCACAGCCAA